AUGGAAGAGCAGGAGUUGCAGAGGAAGGGGGAGCAGAGGCUGGCGGAGGGAGGCCACUUGCCCACAGUCACAGGACCAGGAGCACACAAGUUCAUAUCUAGGUUUUCUAUUUACAGCAAUUGGGAAAAUAGAAUGGAGUGCACGCCGGCUGCGGGGAGCACAAAGCGGGGCGCACUGAGGGCGCCGGCAGCUAGCCGGCGAGCUAAGCGAGGCCCGUGCGCCCGCGCCUGCAGCGCCCUCCGGGCGGGGAGAGGGGCCGCCGGCGUCAGCGCGGGCAGCAGCAUCCGCGCGGUGGCAUCCCUAGGCGCUUCGGUCGCCGUCCUUUGGACCUGGACACUCGCUGCCCCGCUGUCAGCAUCCCGCUUCUAUCCUUUACCCCAAUCUGCCUGCCUCUACCCGGCCCCCGAGAGCCGGAUUGAGCUCAGGCCCGCGCAGCAGCUGUUGCUCGUGUUACUGCCUCGCUUCGCGUCUUGGUGCUCUGCCGCGAGCCCCCUAAGGAGCCAGUGCCUGUGGGUUUGGAGGGAGGUGCCGCUCAGCCGGUCCUCCUCCUUCUCCUCUUCCUCCUGCUGCCGCCUCCGGUGCCUGGUCCGUGCGCACCCCGACACCCCUGCCAGCCGGGCCUGGGGUAAGUGCGCUCGCUCAGCCGGGCAGCGGCGGGAGAUGUGGGCGGCAGCGAGGGGAAGUCAAGGCAAACUUGGUGGCUUGGAGGGCCAGAGAAAGGUCUGGGGAACCGUGGGACAAGAUCGCGGGCCUAAGAGGUACGAGGGGGCGCGGCUCAUGAAGCUGGGAAAAAUGACGGAUCUGGAGGAGCGGGAAUCUAGUAACCUCUUUACGGGGUUUUGA